CCCAUCGCGUGCCGCGUGGCGUGGCACGCGUCCGGGACCUUCGACGCCAGGGACGGGUCGGGCGGGUCGGACGGCGGCACGAUGAGGUUCGAGCCCGAACGGUCCGACCCCGCGAACGCGGGCCUCGGCAUCGUCCGCGACAUGCUCCACGAGGUGCACAAGAAGUACCCGGACGUAUCGCAGGCGGACAUCUUCACCCUGGCCGGCGCGCUGUCCAUCGAAUUCGCGGGCGGGCCCCACGUCCCGCACGCGUUCGGCCGGACCGACGAUCGCGACGGCGCCAGGUGCCCCGCGCACGGUCGCUUACCCGACGCCGCGCAGGGCGCUACCCACCUGAGAGACGUCUUCCACCGCAUGGGCAUGUCCGACAGGGACAUCGUCGCGCUCUCCGGCGCGCACACGCUCGGGCGAUGCCACUUCGUUCGCUCCGGGUACGACGGCAAGUGGACCCGAUCGCCGCUGCGGUUCGACAACGAGUACUUCCGGAACCUCAUACAUUACACCUGGAAACCCCGCGAAUGGGACGGCAAGCUCCAGUACACCGACGUGGAGACAAACGAGCUCAUGAUGCUGCCGACGGACAUCGCGCUCAAGACGGACCCGGGCUUCAGGCCCUUCGCCGAACUCUACGCCAAGGAUCAGGAGGCGUUUUUCCGCGACUUUUCCGCGGCGUACUCGCGCCUUCUGGCGCUGGGA